AUGUCUCUGGCACCUGCAGCUUUCCCCCUUUUCCUUCUCCUGAGCCAUGGAGUGGCGAGUCAGAGAAUUCCGAGUUCCCGGCAGGAUUUGCAUCCAUUGCUGCAAACCAUGGCGGAAGAGAUCAUGGAAGGACGCUAUCUGAAUGCAUUCCUGGAUCUCCUCCAGUUCCUCAGUACACACGCGUGGACAGCAGACCUGCCCCACCGGGUCCUGACCUACCUGAACUCCCACAAUGCCCCCUUCACCAUGUCCAGCCUGCAGGUAACCAUGGAAGAUCACCUGGAGCAACUCUUGUACCAGCCCCAGAGGCUGCUGGGAGAUCUGAGGGCUGCCAGUGCCCAGCGAUUCCGCAUCAUCAUGAAGAGUCUCUUGGAAGACCGGCUGGACCGCCUGGACUCUGGCAACCUGGUUAUGGAUUUGAGAGAGAUUCGGGAGCAAGCCUUGGGGAGCCCAGGUGUGAACCGCAGCCUCUUCGUCGCCACGCUCGAGCGGUGUUUCCAGGUGCUGAGCCCCCUGGAGUGUGUGGAGGUGCUGGGCAGGCUGCUGAGGGGGUCCUCGGGCAGCUUCCUCCAGCCAGAGGUGGCCCACAGGCUGCCCACAGACCUGCGGGAAGAUGCCUUUAAGAACCUGUCCGCCGUGCUCGGGGAGCUCUACGACCGAACGCCGGCCCGCGCGCGAAGCGCCUGCUACUCCUGGAUGACCCGGACUCUGCGCCCACCCGUGGAUGGCUCUGUUUCCUGGGUUAGUGCAGAAAACUUAUGGAUUUUGGGAAGAUAUAUGGUUCACCUACCACUUGAAGAAAUUCGUAGAAUUAGUCCUGUAGAAAUGGGGCUGUUCAUCAGCUAUGACAACGCCACCAAGCAGCUAGACACCAUCUACGACGUCACCCCCGAGCUAGCGCAGGCGUUUCUGGAGAGGAUUGGCUCCUCCAGCUUUGACAUGAGGAACAUCUCAACCAUCCACAGGCUAGGGCUGCUGGUUUGUUUCUAUGAUGACCUGGAGCCGCUGGACGCUGCGUUGGCCCGCGUCCUCCUUCACCAGAUGAUCAAGUGUAGUCGCCUGCGCAGCUCCCGGGCAGCUGUCCAGCAGCUCAAGGCUGACCUCCUUCACAUAGCCAAAGAGAACCAGACUCUCAACGACACCCUGGGCUCCUUGUCGGAUGCCAUCGUGGGGCUGACCCACCGUCAGCUGGAGUGCCUCUCCCCCGAGGCUGUGCACCGCGCCAUCUCCACCCUCAACCAGGUCUCAGGCUGGGCCAAGAGCCAGAUCAUCAUCUUGUCUGCCAAGUACUUGGCCCACGAACAGGUUCCAUCAUUCCACAGCCUCAGCCAGAUGGGGGCGCUGCUGGCAGGUGUGGGCACGCAGGCCCUCUACAGCAUGGAGCACAGGGAACUCUUGCAGGCCCUGAGAAGCACUGUCUCCCUGCACCUGUCGGAGCUGUCACCUGUCCAGCAGCAAGGGAUCCUGAGCAAGCUGGUAGAGGGAGGAGACCCUGCCUCAGGCAUUGCGCAGAUCCCAGGGUCUUUCUUCAAGGAAGUGUCUCUCUUUGAUUUAUGGAGGGAGCCACAAUUCAACGCCACGGCCCUGAAGGACAAGGAGCUUCGAAGAGGCCAGGCCUUGUUCCUGUAUGAGCAGCUGUGGAAGACUGCUGACGUGCCUGAGCGGCUCCUGAGUAUUGGGCAGCUUGUCAAAGGGGUGACAUGCUCACACAUAGAUGCCAUGAGCACAGACUUCUUCCUGGCCCACGUCCAGCAUUUUGAGAACAGUUUCUCAUUGCUUUCACCAAACCAGGUUAACUGUUUGGCGUGGAAAUACUGGGAAGUUUCCAGGUCAUCUAUGCCACCUUUUCUCUUGGCUACACUCCCGGCCCGCUUCCUGGCUUCAGUGCCCGCCUCGCGCUGUGGUCCCUUCCUGGUCAGCCUGGGGAAGAGCCGCCUGGACCGCUUGGUUUUGGAUUCCCACAAGAGGAGCUUGGUCCUUAGGAAAGUGCAGGAAUGCCUGGGGGGCUCUGUUGCCGAUGAGUUCGCCGUGGACAUCAUGGGGAGUCUGCUGUGUCACUUGCCAGGGACUGCCAUUGAGAGAGACAUCUCCCCUCGGGCCUGGGCCUCUGCCCUCCACAGCCUCCAAGGCUGCCCACGCCUCAGCCCCGAGCAGAGGGCCGCCGUGAGGCACAGACUCCUGGAACAGUCCGGCCCCCCUGAGAACUGGACAGCCGAGAUGACCAAGGAUCUGGGGCCUUUCCUGGCACUUUUCUCAGGAAGUGAAUUACACUCCAUUGCCUUAAAGUUUCCUGAUAUACUUCAGCAAAUAGCAUCUACAAUGGCGGGACCACUGCCUCCUGCAUUCCUCUGGGCUGUCUUUGAAUCUGUCCGGAAUAGUAGCAACAGGACCCCCAGUUUGGACCCAGUGUCUGGAUGCCAUGGAGAUGCUGCUCCUUCCUCCGAUGCCAUCAUCAGGUUGGUUGAAGCCAACGCCUGCUGGAAGGCGGAGGACCUGCUCUGCAUGGAUGAGGACACGUUCCUUAAGAACGUAGAGCUGCUGGGGACCAUCCGGGGUUUCAGCCACCCCCAGCUGAUGGCUCUGAAGGAGAAGGCGAUUCAGGUCUGGGAUGCACCUGCGCACUGGAGAGAGUACCACAUCGUUGCCCUGGGGCGAACUGCGCUGGCUCUCAACGAGAGCGAGCUGGAGCAGCUGGACCUGCACUCUGUAGAUACGGUGGCCUCCCUGGGCCAGCAGACCGAGUGGACGCCAGGGCAGGCUCGCUCCAUUCUGAAGGCAUUCCUGGAGGAUUCCGGCUGUGGUAUCCAGGAUCUGAAGAGCUUUCAUUUAGUCGGGCUUGGCACCAUCCUGUGUGCCAUGAAUAGCACUGAAAUUUCACUUAUAAAGAUCUCAGAAUUCAGGGUGGUGGUGGCCAGAAUUGGUACCCUGCUCUGCAGCAGCCACGUCUUGGUUGAGUUUAAGAGAAAGGCAGAAGCUGUAUUUGGCCACCCCGCUGAAUGGACGGGCUCUGUUCUGCAGGAGCUUGGGACAAUUGCAGCUGCUUUGUCUAAGGAAGAACUCCAAAGUCUCCACAAAGAACUGAUGCCGUAUUUCCAGCCAUCAGCCAUACGAAGCCUGCCUGCUGAGCUGUUCCAAGAGCUGUCGCCGGCACAGAUCGCCUCCCUGGGCCCCGAGAACGCGGCCGCGGUGACCCGGGCCCAGCGCCGGCGGCUCAGCGCGCCGCAGCUGCAGAGCCUCGAGCGGGCGCUAGAUGGCGCCAAGACCCACUCCGGGCCGGACGCGCCCGCCAGCGCUAGCCCGGGCCGCCCCCUGGCCUCCCGGGCUCCUGCAGGAGCCUUCGCAGCUUGGUGUCUUCGGCUGGGCUGUUUCCUGCUGCUUCUGAUGGCCAGGCCUCUGUGUGAAAUGGAUUCAGCACUCUACUUUUUGGUGUCUCAAGAAGCUGGCCAAGGUUUUUAG